AUGUUUAACUUGAAGCGACUCGUGGCUUCCUUCGCCCUCCUAAUUGGAGUUGGCUUGAUUCUUUUCUCCCAUACAGCAGAAGCGGCCAAGGGACCCAAGAUCACCCACAAAGUUUACUUCGACAUCGAGCAUGGCGACAAGCCAUUGGGACGUGUUGUCCUUGGCCUCUACGGGAAAACCGUACCGGAAACGGCAGAGAACUUCCGUGCUUUGGCUACUGGUGAGAAGGGAUUCGGGUACCAGGGCUCGACUUUCCACCGCGUUAUCAAGCAAUUCAUGAUCCAAGGCGGUGACUUUACCAAGGGUGACGGCACAGGCGGCAAGUCUAUCUAUGGCGCCAAGUUCAAGGAUGAAAACUUCAAGCUCAAGCAUACCAAGAAAGGCCUCUUGUCCAUGGCGAACGCCGGUCCGGACACCAACGGCUCCCAAUUUUUUAUCACCACCGUUGUUACAUCUUGGCUUGAUGGCCGUCACGUUGUUUUCGGUGAGGUCCUCGAGGGUUACGAUAUUGUCGAGAAGAUUGAGAACGCCAAGACCUCGUCAGGCGACAAGCCCGUGGAGACCGUUAAAAUCGCUAAGAGCGGUGAACUUGAGGUCCCGCCUGAAGGCCUCAACGGCUCAGCUGGCUGGGCCGACGGCGUCGCACCCGUCGAAAACGACAUUCUCGGUGGAGGCAGUCCCUCUGAAGGAUGGUCAUGGUUGCAGAAAUUGGGGUUGUUUGGGUUUGUGGUUGUUGCUGCUCUAUUUUAUAUCCGCCUCCGCAAGUCCUCGAGCAGAGAAUAUACCGAGAAAUCGAUUGCUUAG